ACCUCACCUUCUUGUUAAAGAUCUUUGUGGUUCUCCAUCUUGCUUCCUUUCUCUCUUCUGUUCUUCAACAAUAUAUUCUCCAUACUUAAAACCCACCAAUAUUACCCCACUUUUAACCAAAGGGUCUUCUUUUUCUUUCCCAAAUUUCCUCUCUUUUUUCUUGAUUUCCUUGCACUCUUGGAAUUUUAAAGGAAAUGAAGAAGAAUUCAGAGCAUGAAACGCAAAGAAAAGAAACGACUUUUUGGUUAAAUACCCUGUAACAAGAAGGAAAAAGAGUUGCAUUUGUUUAAUUUUCUAGGCUUUUUGGUGUGAGUUUUCCUUGUAGUUUCCAUAGCCAUGGGGACUAAAAUCAAAGGGGUUUUUAAAGGCUUCAAAUUCAUCUCCCAAAUCUUUGUUGUGAAGGAGCGUGAGAUGGAGAUUGGUUACCCAACUGAUGUUAAACAUGUUGCUCAUAUUGGCUCGGAUGGUUCCUCAGGCAGUGCUCCAUCUUGGAUGACUGAAUUCAAGACAGCCCCUGAUUUUGCUGCAACUUCUAUUGGCAAUUCUGGUUCUGCUAUGUCAACAUGGUCUUCUCAAGAUUUUGGAGAAGCGAUGGGAAGACGACCCAUGGAUGAUACACUUAACGAUCCACCACCACCUGUAGACCUUCCAAGUAUCCCGAAAAAACAAAGGCGUAGAAAGUCAAAGUCGACAUGCUCCCCAAGGUCAACCUCGUCAUCAAAGUCAUCAUCUCGAGCUGCAAAGGUAAAGGCCAACACAGAGACCAUGUAAAGUGACCCUGCAAACAUAACACGUUGGACGACCGAAAGUUUUUGGAAGAUCAAGACAUGAUGUUAGAAGAAAGUUAAAAAGGCCAUAAAAGAAAUGACACAUAGGGGUAUAUCUAUUAUGACCUUAAAUUGGUGGGAGAACUGCUACCUUUCUUGUUUUUUUUUUUUUUUUUAAAUUUUUUUUCUUUUUAAUUUAUUUUUGUAUUUUUAAUUUGUAAUUUUGUCCCCUUUGGGAAUGCACAACAAAGAAUCAACAUGUACAAAGUUAGAUUCUUUGGUUGUGAUGUUGGAAAAACUAAUCUAGCUUUUGGAAAUGUUAACAUGCUAUUUGUUUGUA